AUGUCCAAAUUUGAGGAACAGCUGGCACUUCCAGCUCAUGUAUGGAGUUGGGAUAAUAAGAUGAGAGCAACGAAGAAUGAGAAAGCAGAGUGGAUUCGCCACCCAUGGAAGAAAACACGCGUUUGGUUAGGCACGUCCGUGGCUACGGUGGCGGCGGGGCUGGCCUACGACGGUGCUGCCUGUUCCCUUCGCAACCCAAAGGCCAAUACCAACCUUCCUCCGUCCCCGGUGGCUGCAACCUCUGAAUAUGGCUCCGGUGUUCUCAAGGAUCAUCCUCCGCCUUCGCCUGCGGCUCCCAUUGCGACUGGUGUAAUUGGAUUGGGAGGGAUAAACACUUUUGCUAAUUAA